CAUAUGUAUUGUAAACCGAGACGAGGACUCGUCAUAGAUGUGCCAGAUGAAUCUGUGAACUUAUUUAAAGAAAACCCCGGGUAUUUUAUUGGAUUUCUACCCCCGAGAAGAUGUUUCUAGCUGGAUUGGUCGUUCUGUGCUUAACCACCGUGUCAUAUGCCCACAAAGUCUGCCCUUCAGUAGAUGAUGAUGGACAUCACUUGACUAUUACCUGCCCUGGCGAAUGCUGUGGAGAGUUGCACUCCAGACAUUGUUGCAGUAAUUCAAGCAACCAUGUCGCAUGGACCAUUGGAGUCGCACUGGGAGUCGUCAUCCUGAUCCUUGUUGCUGCUGGGAUAGUGCAUUGCUGCCUGUUUUUAUCUCGAACACCAAAGAGAAGUCGGGGUCCGCCUGUAAGGAUCCACAACUUGGGACACGCUUACGCAGGUCCAGGGACAUCUGCCAUCUUCUUCUCACCACCGACAUGCACGGUACCACCUCCUCCGCCCUACAGUGUUUCAGCAGCUGGAACAUACACCUACACAGGAGCAGCAUCUCUGUCACAGACAACUUCAUCACCUCCGUCCUAUGAACCGUGCAUGACCACCGAUCAACCACAGGAGACACAUGUACAACUAUAUGUAAAGGAGUGAUGUUAUUAUGCUGCAGGACUGUUUUUAACAUGAUGGUGUAGACAUGGUGGAACGAUGCUCAAAAUGAAGACUAUUUAACGUGAUGAAUUGUUUACAACAAAUACCUUUUGUAUAUUCAUCAUGUUUGUAGGAGACGGAAGAUGUUUCGUGCACAACCGGAGAUACUGCAUAUCAAGUGAUCAAUUUGUUACGUAAGGAAAAUUAUUUUCUUAGUAUUUCCUGGAACAACUGUUUUUUCAAUUAUCAAACAUCACAAUAUCAAAUGGUCGUUCCCUCGGGAACUUAGCUAGAUCAAUGGUGGCAAACUGGCUCACAAUGAGAGAAAACACCUGGAAAUAUUGUGAAUCAUUAAAGAACAUGGAGUUAUAAGGAA